AUGCUGCCGACACUUGAAUUCUGGGCCAUUCUGGCGCUCACUUUCACCGUAUAUUGGAGCCUACCCCGGGCGUUACGGGUUGGGUUUCUUUUGCUGGCCUCAUUAGGCUCACUCAUCUGGCUUGAUGCCUUCAGUGCGGCCACACUUUCGGCAUGGUCGGUGGCCUUCUAUCUUCUCGCCCCAACGCCAGAAACUCCCCCAGGCAGAGCACGCGUGAGUCUCUGGGUGCUGGUCCUCGGCAUCCUCGGGUUUCUGGCCUACUUCAAGUACCUACCGCGAAUCUUCGAAGCAUUCUCUGCCGAUGCACCACUCGUCGGCGUAAUACUCCCGCUGGGUAUUAGCUACUUCACCUUCAAGCUGAUUCACUUCGCAGUCGAAUCGCGCCGCGGAACGCUUCCUAAGUUCAACCCCUUGGACUUUGGUUGCUACAUCUUCUUGUUUCCCAUCUUCACUGCUGGACCAAUCGAGCGGUUCGAGCAUUUCCUAUCGGAGAGAAAACUCGACUGGGAUUGGAAUUUCGCCGUUGAAGGGCUUACCCGAAUUGUCUACGGGCUAAUCAAGCAGUUCACACUCAUUACGAUCGUUCUGCCGUGGAUUUUUGGCCCGAUCCCCACCGUUCAAGACUUCCUCGCAGGGUUAGGCGAAUCGAGCACCCUCGAAGCCUGGCGAUUUGUCAUCAUCAGUUACCUCUACGCGUAUCUGAACUUUAGUGCGUAUGCCGAUCUGGCCAUUGGCUCGAGCCGCCUGUUCGGCAUUACGAUCAUGGAGAACUUCAAUUUCCCCAUACUGGCCCAGAACAUCGCCGACUUCUGGACCCGGUGGCAUAUGACGCUGGCCACCUGGUGCCAGUCGUACGUUUACAUGCCGCUGAUUGGCAUCACACGCAACCCCUACCUGGCGGUUUACGCCAGCUUCAUCACGAUCGGGCUAUGGCACGAUGGCACGCUGCAGUGGCUAAUCUGGGGUGCCUAUCACGCCACCGGAGUUGCCAUCUACACCACCUGGCGAAGAACCAAAAUGAAAAGAGGUUGGGCGAAGAAGGAACCCCGCUGGGCUAAGCGGCUGGGAUACCCGCUAACUUUUCUCUUCGUAGCAGCAGGUUACGCCUGGACCGAGACUCACAACCAAGGCACGCUGUUCGACAGCCUGGGAUGCCUGAUUCCCCGGGAGAAUAGUGAUCGAAUGAAUUCGCUGAUCGCGGGUUUCCUGCAAUCGUGUGAGCACUUUCCUGACCGUCCGGCGAUCGAUGUAGGAGGCAAGCCGACUACCUACGCCGCACUGAAGGCUAGUGCAGAGACGCUCUGUUCUGCUCUUCAGGCGAAGGACUCACAACCUGCCACACCGCUGACCGCGGUCUUCGCUCAACGAACUGAGACCGCCUUUGCCGGCAUUUUGGCCGCACUGCUUCGUGGCCAUGGCUACGUUCCACUCAAUCCAACGUUCCCACCAGAACGAACCGCCACCAUGCUUGAACGCUCUCAGGCAACCGCGGUGAUCGUCGAUCGAAACGGAGCAGAGAAGCUCAAAGCCGUCUUGGGCAGUAUUUCACGAAAGCUAACGGUGCUUAUGCCGGAAGAAGUCGACACCAGCUCCUGGCAGGCCGACUUCAGCCAGCAUAUUUUUCUCGGGUCGCAGCAACUCGAGCAAGAGGAUUCAUUUACCUCAGUCGAUUGUGAUGCGAACGAUAUUGCAUACUUGAUGUUUACCUCUGGAAGCACGGGUGUGCCCAAAGGUGUGAUGGUAUCGCACGCCAACGCCAAGUACUUCUUGAACACGGUCGUGCAGCGAUACUCUCUUACUGAGAACGAUCGACUCUCGCAUAUGUUCGAUCUAGUAUUCGAUCUCUCGGUUUUUGAUCUCUUCGCUGCAUGGGAAUGCGGAGCCUGUGUUUGCAGCCCCAGUGCCGAGCAACUCCUCACGCCUGCUGGUUACAUCAACGAUGCGCAACUCACCCUAUGGUUCUCCGUCCCAUCGCUAGCGCUGUUCAUGCGACGAUUGGGAAUUUUAGAAGAAGGUGUCUUCCCUGAUUUGCGUUGGAGCUUGUUCUGCGGCGAAGCCCUCACGGUGGAAGCGGCAUCGGCCUGGGCCAAGGCCGCGGUUAAUUCCACUGUUGAAAACCUUUAUGGGCCCACAGAAUUAACCCUGAGCUGUACUUUGCACCGCUGGAACGAAGAGCAAUCGCCACAGCAGGGCGAACAGGGCGUGGUUCCCAUUGGGGAACCGUUCCCUGGAAUGACGGCACUGGUGGUUGAUGAGAAACUAGAGGAGGUAUCUCCAGGUGAGGACGGGGAACUGCUCAUGUCAGGCCCUCAGGUUGCCCUAGGCUACUGGCAAGACCCGGUUGCGACCGAGAAGGCAUUUUUGGUGCCUCCCGGCAUGAACGACACCUUCUAUCGCACUGGAGACCGUGUGCGGCGCGCCGUGGAAGGCCAAUCGAUGAACUACCUCGGUCGAAUCGACCACCAAAUCAAGAUUCGUGGAAACCGCGUUGAACUCGGAGAGGUCGAAGCGGUGUUGCGAGAACUCUCGGGAGUUGGCUCGGUGGCCGUCAUUGGGUGGCCGGUCACGGCCAGUGGCGCCGACGCCCUGAUUGCGUUCAUGGAAACAGCGGAUACAGACGUAAAAGCGCUCCGCCGAGAAGUUGCAACACGGUUGCCAGACUACAUGCGUCCCAAGCAAAUCCGCCUGGUAAACCAGAUGCCGUUAAAUGCUAAUGGGAAGAUUGACCGCGGCGUUUUGCGUAAACUGUGUGAUGAUAAUCCAUCUGGACGCUGA